AUGGCUGGCCAACACAUCCUUCCUCAAGCUUUGUAUCAGAGCAAUAUGCUAAAAGCCAUGAAGAUUAGAGAGAGGACACCUGAAGAUCUGGUCAAACCCCCGAAUGGAAUAAUUCACCACUUCAGGACUAUGCACAGAUACACCAUAGAAAUGUUCAGAAUAUGCCAGUUUUGUCCUCAGUUUCGGGAAACGCUUCAGAAGGCCCUUACUGACCAGGCCACCCAGACUUCGCUGGAGCGCCAGAGGAAACUCAACUGGUGCAUGGAAGUUCGGAGACUUGUUCCUUUGAAGACUAAUGGUGAUGGCAAUUGCCUCAUGCAUGCUGCAUCACAGUACAUGUGGGGUAUUGAGGAUAUUGACCUUGUCUUAAGAAAAACAUUGUUUAGUGCACUGAAGGAGAUUGACACACGGAACUUCAAGCUCCGCUGGCAGCGGGAGGCUGUUAAAUCCCAGGAGUUUGUAGAAACAGGACUCCACUAUGACACCCGGAAUUGGGAGGACGAGUGGGAAUACCUCAUUGAAAUGACCUCCCCAGAAACAUCCGGGGCUCGAAACAGGCUUCCGUAUAAUGCACUGGAAGAAAUCCACAUCUUCAUCCUUGCUAACAUCCUCAGAAGGCCAGUCAUUGUCCUUGCAGAUAAAGUGGUAAGAAGUUUAGAGUCGGGCUCCAGUUUUUCUCCUCUGAACGUUGGUGGUAUUUACUUGCCUCUCCUUUGGCCAGCCGGAGAAUGCUACAGGUACCCAAUCGUGCUCGGCUAUGACAACAUGCAUUUUACACCACUAGUGACUCUGAAGGACAGCGGGCCAGAAAUCCGGGCUGUCCCUCUGGUUACCAGUGAACAAGGCAGAUUUGAGGAUUUGAGUGUGCACUUUCUGACAGACACAGAAGAUAGGAAGAAAGAGCAGCUGCUGAAAGACUACUUGAUGGUGAUAGAAAUUCCAGUGCAAGGCUGGGAUCAUGGAACAACUCAUCUAAUUAAUGCUGCAAAGUUAGAUGAAGGCAACCUACCCAAAGAAAUAAACCUCGUGGAAGAUUACUUUCAACUGGUGCAGCAUGAGUACAAGAAGUGGCAGGAGAAUGCUGAACCUGCUAGAAGAGAGACCUGCUCCAGGAAUAGACAGGAACUGUCUCUUUCCCAGCUCUCCCUCUUACAGGUGAAAUGUGAAACACCAAAUUGCCCUUUCUACAUGUCUGUGAACACCCAGCCCUACUGCCAUGAGUGCUUCGAGUGGAGGUCACAAGGGAAAAAAGGAAGAAAGCAGAUCUCCACAACAGCACCUGAGAAACUGAUGGCAGCUGGGUCAGGCUCCUCCAAUGGGGACGUUAUUGAACCUGGAGCAUGGACGUCUGAAGGGCCCGUAACUGGGCCUCGCUCCGCACCUCCAACGGCUCCAAGCCUUUUCCUUUACAGCGAGACCACGGCCAUGAAAUGCAGGACACCAGACUGCCCCUUUACCUUGAACGUGCAACACAACGGGCUUUGCGAACGCUGCUACAACUCCAGACAGCUUGGUCCUUCCAACAACUUGGAUGAUCGGACACAUUUAGACUAUGCCACAUGCAAGGUGUGCCGUCAGAAGGUCAACAGGACUUUCAAUGGCACAUGCAGCACUUGCUUCAAAAGGUCCACAGAGCACUCCUCCAAUGGCAGCCCCACUUUCCUGCCUGCGUGCCACCAGAGAUCCACGUCUGACCCGUCCCAGAUCUCGCAGAGCUUCCUCCAGCACCCCUGCCAUCAGGUUCCCAAUAGUCCUGGCGAGGAGCCCCUGCCACCAGCACUGCCUCCUGAGGAAAAGAGGGGAGGUAACCUCUGCAGGAAACCUGGCUGCAAGUUCUUUGGGACAGCGCAGAAUGAGGGCUUUUGCACACUGUGUUUCUUUGAGUACAGGGAAAACCAUGGUAAGCAUGCUGCAGCCAAAGUGGGUCAGCCAGGGACCUCCGCUGCCACCUUCCGUAACACCGUGUCGUGCCAGCGGCGUGACUGCGGCACGCUGGGCAGCACGAUGCUUGAGGGGUACUGCCAGAACUGCUUCAUUAAAGCCCAGAACCAGCGAUUUCAGGAAGCCAGGAGGACAGAAGAACAGCUGAGAACAGAACAGUGCAGAGAUCUGCAGCGAACAGCACUGAGUAAGCAGAAGAGACAGUGUGCUGUGGCUUCAUGUAGAAACAACCUGGGCUGCAGGAACAAUGACUUGUGCCAGGAGUGCCAGCGCCUCGGUCCGCUUCCGCCGUCGGGGAGUGCCAGGAACCCAUCUGCAGAAGAGCCCCCGAAGCAGCGCUGCCGAGCCCCUGCCUGUGAUCACUAUGGCAAUGCCAAGUGCAAUGGCUACUGCAAUGAAUGCUACCAGUUCAAGCAAAUCUAUGGCUAG